AUGACGCCGAAUCUCCCACCCGACGAGCAUGUCCCUGCGCAUGAAACCACCCCACUCCUGCCAAACCCCACGAACGACGCGCAGACAACCGUUGUAGAAACUGGUAUCGCACCAGAAGGACUGCACGCAGAAGAUGGAGGAGACAUCGAGCGCCAAGUCAGCCAUGGCGACGCGUUUAAACACCAGGGCCUGCCUGAAGUCAGGAAGAGGAUGAAAUAUAUAUUUCCUGCUAUUGCUAUUGGUGUCUUCCUAUCCUCCGCCGACCAAACCCUCGUCAUAACCACCUACGGCACCAUCGGCACGGAUCUACACGCCCUGUCCUCUACCUCCUGGAUUGCGACGGGGUAUUUCCUCACGCUAUCUGCGUUCCAGCCGCUGUAUGGAAAACUUUCUGAUAUCUUUGGAAGAAAACAAUGUCUGUUGUCUGCGUAUUUGAUCUUUGGGGUUGGGAGUGUGGGGUGUGGGCUUGCGAGGAGCAUUGGUGAGUUGGUUGCUGCGAGGGCUUUUGCGGGGAUUGGGGGUGGCGGUAUGAGUGUGUGCACGAGUAUUUUGUUGAGUGAUAUUGUGGGGUUGAGGGAGAGGGGGCAGUGGCAGGGCUAUGUCAACUUGAUCUACGCUUUUGGUGCUUCGGCUGGUGCGCCUCUUGGUGGGUUACUCGCGGAUAGCAUUGGAUGGCGAUAUUCGUUCCUGGCGCAAGGUCCGAUGUGCGCUGCGGCCUUCAUUGCUGUGUCAUUGGUGCUUGAUCUCCCAGAGCAAGACCACUCGCACUGGAAAGAGAAGAUCAAGAGGAUAGACUUCCUGGGCGCGGUCAUCCUGAUCUUCGCCGUCUUCGGUUUACUUGUCGGUCUCGAUCGCGGCUCCAACGUAUCCUGGGGUAACCCCAUCACUAUUGUCGGUCUCGCAUCUACGCCGCUGUUCGUCGUCUUCGUGCUAGUCGAGAAGUACGUCGCAAGUCAUCCCUUCGCUCCAGGCCGGAUCAUCCUCAACAAGACGCUCUUCGCAUGCUAUCUUUGCAACUUCUUCUCUUUCGGGGGAUGGUUGGCUGCCUUGUUCUUCAUACCGCUUUAUUGGCAGGUCAUGGGCGACUACAGCGCUUCCAAAGCUGGACUAUUCCUUGUCCCUUCCAUCAUCCUCGGUGUUAGCGGCUCGCUUUUCAGCGGCUUUUACAUGAGGCGUACUGCGAAGUAUUACUGGAUCACCGUCAUGGCGUAUACGAACCUCACGAUCGGGCUCUCAUUCAUCCUCCUAUUCGCUGGCCUAUUAACCGAGAGCUUACCGGCGAUGGUGGUGGCUACAUGCGUAUGCUCUUUUAGCAAUGGCAUAGGAGUAACGACGACACUCAUCGGCCUCAUCGCGAAUGCCUCACACACCGACCAAGCCGUUGCCACCGCCUGUUCCUACCUUUUCCGCUCUCUCGGGUCAGUCUUCGGUGUUUCCAUGUGCGCUACGGCGUUUAACCAGACACUCCGCAGAUCUCUCCAGGAAAAGCUGCAAGGUGACGAUGCGGCUGAGAUUGCGGAGCGCGUCAGGGCUGGAUUGGCUUACUACAGGGGUCUGGAUCCGGCACUGAAGAGCAUCGUCCGGGAGUGUUACGGAAGGGCUACUAGGGCUGCAUUAUGUGUAGGCAUUGUGCUUGUUGCAGGGAGCGCCAUCUUUGCGUGGUUUAUCAAAGAGAAGAGCCUCGAAGAUAGCAAGAGUAGGAGUGUCGAGCCAGAGGAAUCUGCAGAGUGA